ACACAUUUCUUAGUUUAUUUAUGUUGUUUUGAUUUAAAAUUAAAAUUAAACCGCGAACCUGCAAAAUACAAAUAUAAAUAACUAAGAAAUGAGUAGUUUUCAUAAUGUUUGUGCUAUCUGAAAUGAAAGAUGUUAUUAGAGUUACUCCUGAACAUUUUCAUCAAAGUUUAACGGAAUCAAUAACAACAUUGUUAAAUAGAAAACUUGCGAAUAAGGUAGUACUUAAUGUAGGUCUGUGUAUAGCGCUAUUUGAUAUAACUCAUAUUGGACAUUCAUAUAUUUUUCCUGGAGAUGGUUCAUCACACACUGAAGUCAAGUUUCGUUACAUUGUGUUUAGACCUAUUGUGGAAGAAAUCUUGAUAGGAAAAAUAAGAAGUUGUAGCAGAGAUGGAGUGCAUGUGACAAUUGGAUUUUUUGAAGAUAUCUUAAUACCAGUUAAUGCUUUGCAGCACCCUUCAAGGUUUGAUGAGACAGAUCAAGCAUGGGUAUGGGAAUAUCCAAAAGGGGAGGGUGAAAAGCAUGAUUUAUUCAUGGAUUCAGGAGAAUCAAUAAGAUUUAGAGUUACAAGUGAAGUUUUUGAGGAGAGUUUACCAACAGGUCCUCUGGGGACAGAAUGUCCUGUUCAAACUAUAGCACCAUAUAGAAUAAUAGGUGGCAUCAAUGAGCCAGGCCUAGGUUUGCUCACAUGGUGGGAAGCUCAGGAACAAGAUGAUGAGGCAGAUGAGAAUGAUGAUCAAGAAAAUGAUGAAUAAAUU